AUGUCAUUUCAGAAGACAAUCCCAUUAUACCCUCAUGUGGCACCCGAGCCCGGGACACCACUUGUCGAAAAAGAAGUCAACUCGGCCCUCUUCUCCCCUCUCCAAGUCCGAGGUCUUACCGUCCAAAACCGCAUCGCUGUUUCUCCCAUGGGAAUGUUCAGUGCGAACGAUGGACAUCUGACUGACUUCCAUCUUGUGCAUUACGGUUCGUUCGCCACUAGAGGUGCCGCACUGGUCAUUAUCGAAGCUACAGCUGUAGCUCCCAAUGCUCGCGUCUCAACUGGAGAUUCAGGUCUUUGGCAGGAUAGCCAGAUUGCGCCUUUAAAGCGGGUAGUUGACUACAUUCAUAGCCAAGGACAGAAUGCAGGUAUUCAGCUCUGCCAUUCUGGUCCCAAGGGUUCCAUGCUCCCGCUGUGGCUAGCCAAAGGCGACCCGAUGGUGCACUUUCCACUUGCAAAUGAGGAAUCUGGCGGAUGGCCGGAUGACGUCUGGGCGCCGAGUGCGAUUUGCCAUGGCCCUGGGUAUCCUAUGCCGAAAGAGAUGGGAUAUAAGCAAAUCGAUCUUGCGGUUGAGCAGUUUGCUAGUGCCGCUAGAAGAGCUGCUGAAGCUGGCGUUGACUUUAUCGAACUCCACGGCGCCCACGGCUACUUGAUCAACGCCUUCCUCUCCCCUCUGACGAACCAUCGAAUCGAUGAAUAUGGCGGCUCUUUCGAGAACAGAACGCGCUUCUUGUUUCGUGUCCUGAAAGCCGUUCGGGAUGCCAUACCGGACACUAUUGUUCUCUCGUUGCGCAUCUCUGCCGUUGAGUGGAUGGAGUGGAGUGGCCUAGACUGUUGGACCCUUGAGGAGUCCAUACAGUUGGCCAAGCUUCUUCCCAAGGCCGGGGUUGACAUUCUUGAUGUCUCAUCUGGUGGCAACCAUAGUGACCAAAAGAUCGACGUUCAUCCGUACUAUCAGGUCGAUCUUGCAUACCAGAUCCGACAAGCCAUCAUAGCUGAGGACGUUGACCUGCUGAUAGCGGCAGUGGGGUUCAUAAAUAACCCUGCCAUGGCUGAGAGCGUCGUUCGUGGUAAUGGUGUUGAGGUAGAACAGAAGACGAAUGGGACAAACGGAGACGCUGAGAGGGGAAAGUAUGAGGAGCCGCAGGCCGACUUGGUCAUGGUUGGGAGACAGUUUCUACGGGACGCAGGGUUUGUACUUACAGCUGCCAAGAGUUUGGGCGAGAAAGUCCAGUGGCCCCUCCAGUACUCUAAGGGGAACAUAGGCUGCAAUAGAAAUAAUGUUGGACAAAUGCAAAACAAAACCCAGAAUUUCCCAGGAUAUCCAGCUGGCCAGGCCGGAUGUAGUAACCCUGCCCUCCAAUCUGGGCUGCGACUGAGUGCUGCCAACUCCAGCCACCCUCUUCCCCAGUACAGUACCAGGUUUCGUUACCAGCACGGCCACUCCAGAAACAUGCAAAUUCUUGUUAAAGAAGACAACACACGGGCUGGUCCCUGGGGCAAUGCCGAAAAUAUCUAUGUGCCCAACACGACCCCAUUUGUCACCAUCAAACCUGGCAUGGAAGAUACCGCCAUCACCAGUGCCACUCCAGAAAAGCUGGUUCGUAUCCUGGUCAACAGUUUGGCGAGGUCAUAG